UAUCAUCAUUCAUCACCUUUUGCCUCCUCACUUUCUCUCCCUCCAAACCCAUAAUGACUCCAAACCCUCCCGUAAUCUUCCUCUAUCUCCACCAACACCACUAUUUCACCAAAACCCUUCCCAUUCCCUAUCCCAUCACAAUGCAACCACACGCUUCUAACCUCAAUCCAAACGCUCAACCCUUCUAUCCCCAACACAACAUUGUAGCAACACCUAAAACUCAAUCUAGAGUUUAUGUACCAAAACUAACCAAGAAAACCUCUCGUCGUCGUGCAAACGUUACUCAGUUUCCCAACACCAUUGAUGAAGCUCAAGCAUCACGCAUUACCACUGUAAUGAUUCGGCACAUCCCCAACCAAUUAAGGUUCGGCGAUUUGUUGCAUGUUCUUGAUGAACAUUGCUAUGAGAUCAACAAGUCCGUUGAUGAUCCUGCUGAUUGGUCCAAGUUUGAUUUUCUAUACUUACCGAUGGAUUACAGGAAGCAUGCGAUGGAGAGAAGAAUGUCGAAUUUGGGAUAUGCGUUUGUGAACUUUACAUCACCUUCUGCUGCAUUUAAGUUUUACAAACAGUUUCAAGGAUUUGAGUGGAGUGUGACAGAGAAUCGGAAGAUCUGUGAAAUUAAUGCAGCUCAUGUUCAAGGAAGAGAUAAGUUGGAGAGAAUUUUCUGUCAAAAAGUAUUCCGAAGCAAUAGCCACAAAUUCCGUCCUAUUGUAUUCUAUAAAGGGCGUGAUGGUUUCAAUCGCAGAAUGAAGGGAACCCCUUUGGGAAUACAUGUAAGAGGAUUACCUUUCACUUGAACACAUGCUGGAUGCUUCUUUCUAAGGAUUUGAUUUAGGUUUCAUCCAAGUUGUAGUAGUGCUAACUAAGAGCUUUGUUGUUUUAAAUGUGUAUAUAUAUAAUACACAUGUUUUCAUUCUCUCCCUAGAAUUG